AACAUAACUGCGUCUCCUUUUACCUCGUAUGAAGACUACGACCCGAGUGCCUGUAACAAUAUUGUACUUCUGUCUCAACAGAUCCACUCGGACUCCGAUAUUCAUCUCGACGCUACAGGGAGCUUCAAGCGCUUCGACCCAGUGGACCGUGACUUCCGGGUCGCCAUUACCACGAGUAGUCUGAUGAGCAGUUACGGUGGGUCUCCGCCCCCCACUGCUGCAAUACCCCCACAACCUCUUCGACCAGCUCCUGCCCCCGCACCGCCAAGACCUGCCCCUCCGCCGCCUCCAAUCCAGAACGCGCCAGAAGCUGCAGAGAGAGUUCUUGCCGACGUGGCAGCGUCUACGACGACCAUCGCCCCAGCUGACGAUCCCGAGUCGGGGGAGCAGUUGCCGCCGACGCUGCAGCGGGCUAUGUCUUGCGAUUCCGUGUGCUCCGACACGUCUGUAGUGUUGGGGGACCUCGAGGAACCCAACGUUACGGGUUAUCUCUGCGUGGGACUAGAAUACGACAGCGACUCUGCCGACCUGGUGGUUAGCGUGUUGGAGGCCAAGGACCUGGUGGGACCUGACGGCAACACGUACAUAGAUACGUACGUCAGGGUGUACCUGUUGCCGGACAAGACGUCCAACAUGCAAACUAGG